UCAUGUGAUAGCAUCUUAACGUUGCUUCGAAUGCUCCGAGUAUAGCGUGUAAUUUAGGUUAGAUGUACUCCUGCCCAUCCACGAGAUUGUUCUUUGACGGAAAAAGUUCGGACUCUCGCGGGGGUGACAUCGAUCGGGACGACUGGUCUGAGGUGCGUCGAGCUACCUCGGUUGGUACUUAGUCUGGACAUUCUUCUUAUCACGAUUCCGCUUCGUGAGAGAGUUAACUGGGAAUGGAAUGAGUGAAUCUUCAUCUGUCAACGAUUUGAAGAACGGUCGUGCACGCAUAAAGAAACUUCGCCGUGAUUAAAUUCUGGAUCCCGAUAUAUUGGAGCUACUGCUAAUAACGUCUGUACAAAUACGGUUGUAUAAAGUAAAAUCUUGGAGUUGGAGCUUAUAACAGAAUAUAUCUGAUUAAAAUGUCUGUAAAUAUACGUUGUGCAACAACAGAUGACUUGCUGAAUAUACAGCAUUGCAAUUUGCAAUGCCUGCCUGAGAAUUAUCAAAUGAAAUAUUAUCUGUAUCACGCUCUUUCGUGGCCACAAUUGAGUUACGUGGCCGAAGAUGAGAAAGGAAGAAUAGUAGGCUAUGUGCUUGCCAAGAUGGAGGAGGAUUGUGAGGAUAAUCCCCAUGGACAUAUUACCAGUUUGGCUGUGAAGCGUUCUCACAGAAGAUUAGGAAUCGCGCAGAAACUGAUGAAUCAGGCCUCUCGAGCGAUGGUGGAGUGCUUCGGCGCAAAAUACGUUUCUCUGCAUGUGCGCAGAAGUAAUCGUGCGGCUCUAAACUUGUAUACAAGCAGUUUGCAAUUUGAAGUAUCAGAGGUAGAGCCAAAAUAUUAUGCGGACGGCGAGGAUGCUUAUGCUAUGAAACGAGAUCUCACUAGCUUCCAUCACGAAAAAGCUCUUAGAGAUAGAGCGCACAAAGAGGGCAAUGUUCAUACGCACCUAGGCAGAUGCUGCGGCGAUCACUCUUAGUCCAUUCAUCAUUGCUGCUAUCGAAAUUGGAUUGAUUCUUAAAUCAUCGAUUCAAGAUAUUAUGUAAAUCUGAAAAUAAAACUUAUUAUAUAUCUUUCGGUAAGGAGUACGAUUGGAGAUGACGAUUGGAGACUACGUGUCUGGGACUAAUUAGAACUAAUUAUGAAUACUUUGUUACUUCUUGCAUGGCAAGAACUUCUACUUAUCAAAGUUUGACCUGGUGUAUGAGUAAAAAUAUUUUAUAUGCGACUGGAGAAUACUUGUUAAAGUUUGCACAAUGGAGUAAGAUUGAACUUUGGAACUGUUAUAUUUUUCAGUUUAUGAAC